UUUUUGUGUUUGUUUAGUUUAGUUGGUUGUUUAGUAAAAUCAGUCAAGAUAACGCGACGCGGCCUGUCAUAAAACUCGAUAUUCAAGACGUCUAGACGGUCAUAAACAUCGAGAACUGCGAAAGCCGACCAAAACAAAAGAAAACAAAUGUUUUAAUAACAACAGGUAGCCAUGACAAAUACCCCGUCCUAUCGAUAAUAUUUAUACCCAAUAGAACGGGCCAAUUCACGCCUCCAAACAACGAUUAAGGGCGUCAAAAGUAUACAAAACAUCUCGGAAAACAAAUAAUUUAUUAAAACUAAAUUGAAAUAUAAGCUUGAGCAGGUUGUGCCGAUACCGAUAUCGAUACAAUUAUUUAUUUCCGUAGCCGGCACUAUCCAAUGUUAUCGGAUAAUUGACAGCGCUAAAUCCUUUGGAAAAUCCUCAAGUUCAGCUGCUUUUACACACAUUGACCUUCACUUUACAUACAUACGGUAUAUACAAGGUGUUCUUCGUGCGUGACCGUGUGUGUGUGAGUGCGCCUGCUGCGAGUGUGUGGGUGCACUGGAAAAAAGACUGGAAGUGGAAGAGCAAAAACACAGGCGAUAAAAUCAGCGAAAAAUCAGGAUAUUUUGUUGGCCCCCGGAAAAGUAGCAGCACCCGGAAUAUAGCCCGUUCAAAAGUCAAGGACGGACGCAAUGCUGCCCCCCGCCCACAUGAGUGGCUGUGGGUGGCUCACCCAUUAAAACUCCACUAAAACGCAAGCGCAGGAGUUUUUUUCCUUCAAGGAGUCAAGGCUUCUUCGUUUUCGGGGUCAUGGUCACAAGACAUUGGAUAUAUAUAGGGGACAGGAUAUAGCCGCACCAGCGGAGCGCCAACAUCAUGUCCAGCGAAUCGUCCACCGAGGGCGAUAGCGAUCUGUACGAUCCCGUGGCCGAGGAGCUGCACAAUGUCCAGUUGGUGAAGCAUGUGACCAGGGAGAACAUCGAUGCCCUCAACGCCAAGUUCGCCAAUCUGCAGGAGCCACCAGCCAUGUACUUAACGGAAUACCAGGAGUUGACCUGCAAGCUCCACGAACUGGAGGCCAAGGAGCAGGAGCUAAUGGAGCGGCUGAAUUCGCAGGAUCAGCAGGAGGACUCCAACUCGUUGGUUGAGCGAUUCAAGGAGCAGCCCCACUAUCAAAAUCAAACCCAAAUCCUGCAGCAACAGCGGCAAUUGGCCCGAGUGCAUCAUGGCAAUGAUCUGACGGACAGUCUGACAGGCUCCCAGCCGGGCAGCCAAUGUGGCACCCUGACCCGCCAGCCCAAGAUCCUGCUGAGAGCCCACCUGCCCAACCAGCAACGCACUUCGGUGGAGGUUAUUUCGGGCGUUCGACUGUGUGAUGCCUUGAUGAAGGCCCUGAAACUCCGGCAACUGACACCGGACAUGUGCGAGGUGAGCACAACACAUUCCGGAAGACAUAUCAUACCGUGGCACACGGACAUCGGAGCGCUGCACGUGGAGGAAAUCUUUGUGCGGCUGCUGGACAAGUUCCCCAUCAGGACGCACAUCAAGCACCAGAUCAUCAGGAAGACCUUCUUCUCGCUGGUCUUCUGCGAAGGCUGUCGCAGGCUGCUAUUCACCGGGUUCUAUUGCAGCCAGUGCAACUUUCGAUUCCAUCAGCGCUGCGCCAACAGGGUGCCCAUGCUGUGCCAGCCCUUUCCCAUGGACAGCUAUUACCAGGGGCUCCUCGCCGAGAACUCGGUCCGCUUCAAGUGCAACCGCAGUCGGCGGUGCAGCAGCAGCGGCAGUAGCAGCAGCUCCAAGCCACCAUCCUCGUCCUCCGGCAACCAUCGACAGGGUCGUCCGCCCAGGAUCAGCCAGGACGAUCGAUCCAAUUCGGCGCCGAAUGUCUGCAUCAACAACAUUCGAUCCGUCACGAGCGAAGGGCAGCGCAGUUUGAUCAUGCAGGCCAGGCCUCCAUUGCCGUAUCCCUGUACGGAUCACUCGAACUCCACGCAGGCAUCGCCCACCAGCACGUUGAAGCAUAAUCGUCCCAGGGCAAGAUCCGCCGACGAGAGCAACAAGAAUCUACUUUCGCGGGACGCCAAGAGCUCUGAGGAGAACUGGAACAUCCUGGCUGAGGAGAUUUUAAUUGGGCCACGGAUCGGAUCGGGAUCGUUUGGGACCGUUUACCGUGCCCACUGGCACGGACCCGUGGCCGUUAAGACGCUCAACGUGAAGACACCGAGUCUCGCCCAGCUGCAGGCCUUCAAGAACGAGGUGGCCAUGCUGAAGAAGACGCGCCACUGCAACAUACUGCUCUUCAUGGGCUGUGUGUCGAAGCCAUCGCUGGCGAUUGUUACCCAAUGGUGCGAGGGCAGUAGCCUCUACAAGCACGUCCAUGUCAGUGAAACGAAGUUUAAGUUGAACACGCUCAUCGAUAUUGGUCGUCAGGUGGCCCAGGGAAUGGAUUACCUGCAUGCCAAGAACAUCAUACACAGAGACCUGAAGUCGAACAACAUCUUUUUGCACGAGGAUCUGUCCGUGAAGAUUGGCGAUUUCGGACUGGCCACGGCGAAAACUCGUUGGUCUGGCGAAAAGCAGGCCAAUCAGCCCACGGGCAGUAUUUUGUGGAUGGCUCCGGAGGUGAUUCGCAUGCAGGAACUGAAUCCCUACUCCUUCCAAUCGGAUGUUUAUGCCUUCGGCAUUGUGAUGUACGAACUGCUGGCGGAGUGCUUGCCGUACGGUCAUAUUAGCAACAAGGAUCAGAUCCUGUUUAUGGUGGGUAGAGGAUUGCUGCGACCGGAUAUGAGCCAAGUGCGUUCGGAUGCGCCGCAGGCAUUGAAACGUUUGGCCGAGGACUGCAUCAAGUAUACGCCCAAGGAUCGACCGCUCUUUCGGCCGCUGCUCAACAUGCUGGAGAAUAUGCUGCGCACUCUGCCCAAAAUCCAUCGCAGUGCCAGCGAACCGAACCUGACGCAAUCGCAGCUCCAGAACGAUGAGUUUCUGUAUCUGCCCAGCCCAAAAACGCCGGUGAACUUCAACAACUUUCAGUUCUUCGGCAGUGCUGGAAAUAUUUAGACAGCAAGCUGUACCUGUACUUACAUAUAUCCUGCAUCCUGCAUCCUGUGUGAUCAAAGUGAUCCUAUUUCUAGGUGUUUUUUUCCCCUCCCUUCCCCGUUUUUGUCCCUCUGUACAUAUAAGCGAUUCGCGAAACGGGACGGCUUUGGUCUGACCACCAAAGUGAAAGAGAUGGAGAUGCAGAUGGAUAUGCAGAUGGAUGUGGAGAUGAAGAUGACGAUGGGUGUCGUCUGCCUGCCGACCCAAAAGCGAAAACUGAUGCUUUUCUUGGAACUGACAAAGUGCAUUUCUGUUACCACAAAAACGACUACAAAACUGUAAACUAAACUGCAACGCCCAUGUGUAAAUAACUGCAUCAUUACUUAUAUACGUUAGGCAAGACUACUAAAACUAAACUAAACUAAACUAAACUAGCUGAUCGCAAUUACAUUAUACACAUUAUACUUAUACUACAAAAAAAAAAGAAGCACAAGC